AUUUUCUAGACAACAAUUUUAUUUUUUUUAAUCAACACACGUCUCAAAAAUAUAAAUAAAAAAUAGCAUUAAAUUCUUCAAAAUAAACUAAAAUAUCAAUUAAAAUGUCUAACAUAACAGCGGCCGUAAUAGCAAAUCGAAAUAAAAAACAUUUCCUUGGUGUACCAGCACCACUCGGCUAUGUAGCCGGUGUUGGUCGUGGUGCCACAGGCUUCACAACUCGCUCUGACAUCGGUCCCGCUCGCGAUGCCAACGACGUCUCUGACGAUCGUCAUGCUCCCCCCGCAGCCAAACGCAAAAAAAAAGAAGAAGAAGAGGAAGACGACGAGGAUUUAAACGAUUCAAAUUAUGACGAAUUCAGUGGAUACAGUGGAUCACUGUUUUCCAAAGAUCCAUAUGACAAAGAUGACGAAGAAGCUGAUGCCAUCUAUGAAUCCAUAGACAAAAGAAUGGAUGAAAAAAGGAAGGAGUACAGAGAUCGUCGAAUGAAAGAGGACUUGGAAAAAUAUCGUCAAGAACGUCCAAAAAUACAACAACAAUUUUCUGAUUUAAAACGUAGUUUGGCCACUGUCACCGCUGAGGAAUGGUCAACUAUUCCCGAAGUUGGUGAUAGUCGCAAUAGGAAACAAAGAAAUCCUCGAGCGGAGAAGUUUACUCCGCUCCCGGAUAGUGUCAUUUCGAGAAAUCUGGGCGGAGAAGCCUCCUCCACAAUUGACCCUCGUUCGGGUUUGUCUUCGAUGGUUCCUGGUGUUGCUACACCGGGAAUGUUGACACCAACUGGUGACUUGGAUUUGAGAAAGAUUGGCCAAGCUAGGAACACCCUAAUGAAUGUCAAGCUUUCUCAAGUCUCUGAUUCAGUUGAGGGACAAACUGUCGUUGAUCCGAAAGGAUACUUGACAGAUUUGCAAAGUAUGAUUCCGACUUAUGGAGGUGAUAUUAAUGAUAUCAAAAAAGCUCGUUUGCUUUUAAAGAGUGUGAGAGAGACAAAUCCUAAUCAUCCUCCAGCUUGGAUUGCUUCAGCUCGUCUGGAGGAAGUCACUGGGAAGGUUCAAAUGGCUAGGAAUCUCAUAAUGAGAGGUUGUGAGAUUAAUCCUCAAAGUGAGGAUCUUUGGUUGGAGGCAGCACGUUUGCAACCACCAGAUACAGCUAAAGCAGUUAUAGCUCAAGCUGCUCGCCAUAUUCCCACUUCGGUGAGAAUAUGGAUUAAAGCCGCUGACUUAGAAACCGAAACCAAAGCCAAGCGACGAGUAUUCCGCAAAGCCCUCGAACAUAUUCCAAACUCCGUUCGUCUCUGGAAAGCCGCUGUCGAGUUAGAGAAUCCUGAUGAUGCUAGGAUUCUUCUCUCACGAGCGGUAGAAUGUUGCAAUACGAGUGUAGAACUUUGGUUGGCUUUGGCUCGAUUGGAGACUUAUGAAAAUGCUAGAAAGGUUCUUAAUAAAGCUAGGGAGAAUAUUCCUACGGAUAGACAGAUUUGGACUACAGCUGCAAAGUUGGAGGAGGCUAAUGGGAAUAUUCAUAUGGUUGAGAAGAUUAUUGAUAGAUCGCUGACUUCGUUGAGUGCUAAUGGAGUUGAGAUUAAUAGGGAGCAGUGGUUCCAGGAGGCAAUUGAAGCGGAGAAAUCGGGUGCGGUUCAUUGUUGUCAGGCGAUUACUAAGGCAGUGAUUGGAAUUGGUGUCGAGGAGGAGGAUAGGAAACAGACUUGGAUUGACGAUGCUGAAUUUUGUGCAAAGGAGAACGCUUUCGAGUGCGCCAGAGCAGUUUACGCCUAUGCCCUUCAGGUGUUUCCAUCUAAAAAGAGUAUCUGGCUGCGUGCCGCUUAUUUCGAGAAAAACCACGGAACUCGCGAGAGUUUGGAAGCUCUCCUUCAACGAGCAGUUGCCCAUUGUCCCAAAUCGGAGGUCCUUUGGUUGAUGGGAGCCAAGUCUAAAUGGUUGGCUGAUGAUGUUCCAGCUGCUCGUGGUAUUCUAUCGUUGGCUUUCCAGGCAAAUCCCAAUUCCGAGGAUAUCUGGUUGGCAGCCGUCAAACUAGAAAGUGAGAAUUCUGAAUACGAACGUGCUCGACGUCUCCUGGCCAAAGCUAGAGCAUCAGCACCAACUCCUCGAGUUAUGAUGAAAUCGGCGAGAUUAGAAUGGGCUCUAAAUCGCAUGGACGAUGCACUUCGUCUUCUUGACGAGGCUGUAAAAGUUUUCCCUGACUUUCCAAAAUUGUGGAUGAUGAAAGGACAAAUAGAAGAACAGGAAAAGCGAUUAGACGAAGCUGCCAACACUUAUACCCAAGGUAUAAAAAAAUGUCCUACUUCGAUUCCGUUGUGGAUUUUGUCGUCAUCAUUGGAAGAAUCUAAAGGAGCUUUGACUAAAGCUCGUUCGAUUUUGGAACGUGGACGUCUUAAGAAUCCAAAGACUUCGCAACUCUGGUUGGAAGCUAUUCGAGUGGAAUUACGGGCCGGGUUGAAAGAAAUCGCCUCGACCAUGAUGGCAAGAGCAUUACAAGAGUGUCCCACAGCUGGAGAACUUUGGGCUGAGGCUAUAUUCAUGGAAUCGAAGCCACAGAGGAAGACCAAGUCUGUGGAUGCUCUCAAAAAGUGUGAACAUGAUCCACAUGUUUUGUUGGCAGUUUCAAAACUAUUUUGGUCCGAACACAAAUUUUCAAAGUGCAGGGAUUGGUUUAAUCGAACGGUUAAAAUUGAUCCUGAUUUUGGAGAUGCAUGGGCUUAUUUCUACAAGUUCGAAUUGAUUCAUGGAAAUGAGGACCAACAAAAAGAAGUCCAAGAGCGUUGUGUAGCUGCUGAGCCAAAACACGGAGAGGCAUGGUGUGCCGUUAGCAAACACAUAAAGAACUGGUGUUUUAAGACUCCAGAGAUUCUGGCGGGAGUUGUCAAGCAAUUGGCAAUACCAACUUAAAAUGUAAUGAAAAUAAAACUUUGAAUUUACUUUA